CUGGAGGGGCGUGACAGCCCGCAGAGGCGAAGCGGAAAGCCGGGCUUCCUGUCCCUCCGGACUUUGUACCCAAGUAGUCGAGCAUAGUCACGACGAUGAGUGACUAUUUGAUCCAAAAGGAUUAUACACUUGUGAUCCUUGUGUUCAGUCAAGAAAUAAAAUCUCUAAGGUGAGGAUUUUGAAGACGGGACAUUGAAUUAAGAAGGCUUUUAGAUUUGUCACAAACAUCGUUAUCUGUAAUGAAGAUCACGGCAGAAGAGAAGAUACGGCAAGGCCUUCGUAUACCACUGGAUCUGGAUUAGAGAUUUUUUGAAAAGAUAGUUAAAAUUGUUUACUUCUGUUUUAGUGUUCCAAUUCAUAAUAUUUAUUUAUUUAUUUUUGGUAUUUGGGACUGAAUAUAGGACUUCAUGAAUGUUAGAUAUAUACUCGGUCCCUGAAGUCUAUCCCCAUAUUCCAUAUUCAGUGCUAAGUCACAGGAUAAAAUAUUAUUCAUUCUGGCAUUUCCCCCCCCCGCCUAUUUUUGUAUCUGAAAAAGAGUAGCUAACCAAGAGCCUUAGUCAUUCAUAAUGAAAUACACCAAAUGCAACUUUGCGAUGUCGGUUUUCGGCAUUAUGAUCUAUGUAACUGACUUGGUUGCGGACAUCCUCCUAUCUGUUAGGUAUUUCCAUGAUGGACAAUAUGUGUUUGGUGUUUUAACAUUAAGCUUUGUGCUUUGUGGAACACUCAUAGUCCAGUGUUUUAGCUACUCGUGGCUGAAGGAUGAUUUAAAGAAAGCAGGACAAGAAAGCGAGCAUUAUUUUCUUCUACUUCAUUGCUUGCAAGGAGGAGUUUUUACAAGGUAUUGGUUUGCCUUGAGAAAGGGUUACCAUGUGGUUUUCAAACACAGCAGCAGAACGAGGAGUUUUAUGGAGGGACAAACGGAUCCUCACAAAGAGGCUAUAGACGCAGCCACCGACUUGAGCAUGCUCAGGCUGUUUGAGACCUACCUGGAAGGCUGCCCACAGCUCAUUCUUCAGCUCUAUGCCUUUCUGGAGCGCGGCCAGGCAAACUUAAGUCAGUAUGCGGUCAUCAUGAUUUCCUGCUGUGCUAUUUCUUGGUCAACAGUUGAUUAUCAAGUAGCUUUAAGAAAAUCAUUGCCUGAUAAAAAUCUGCUUGGUGGACUCUGCCCCAAACUCACAUAUCUCUUUUAUAAGUUGUUUACCUUGUUAUCAUGGGCGCUGAGUGUUGUGCUUCUGCUGUUCAUGGACGUGAAGGUUGCUUUGUUUCUGUUGUUACUUCUUUGGAUCAUAGGUUUCAUUUGGGCAUUUAUACAGCAAACACAGUUUUGUAAUUCACUAAGUAUGGAAUUCUUAUAUAGGAUUGUUGUUGGAUUCAUCCUUGUGUUUACAUUUUUUAAUAUCAAGGGACAGAAUACCAAAUGUCCAAUGUCUUGCUAUUAUAUUGUAAGGGUGCUAGGCACCCUGGGAAUCUUGACUGUGUUCUGGGUUUUUCCUCUCUCUAUUUUUAAUUCAGACUAUUUUAUUCCUAUUAGUGCUACCAUAGUUCUUGCUCUUCUCCUUGGGAUUAUUUUUCUUACUGUUUUUUAUGGAAUUUUUCACCCAAACAGAAAUGCAGAAACCCAGUACGAUGAAACUGAUGGAAACUCAGCACAGAGGGACUGUAGAAUGAGAUAUUUUCUAAUGCACUAAGUUAUGAAUUUAUGAGAAAUGUUUUAUUUUUGUUUCAUCACCUAGUAAAGAAAAUGUUAUAUGCA